AUGACAGAAUCUAUAGCUUCACCCUCAUCGUCAAGAGAUGUAUCAUCGGCUUAUUCACUUUACGAGGUCUCUAUUUCUGAUGGUGCUACGGACAAUAUAUCUACAAGAGCAAUAUAUGAAAGUAACUUUACAGAGGACGACAGUGUCGUGCCAUCGUUGUCAAGACCGCUGUCGCGGUCUAGUGUGACAUCGGGGUUAUCAAUGAUAGCAACAAAGGAUGGGAUUGAAGGUAGAAAGGUACCUCGGUAUGGUAUUCCGCCAUAUUCGUUGAACCUCCUGAAUACCAUGAAUGCCCCGGGUUACUGGAAGAAGAAGCAUUGCGAUGAUUUAACAAAGGACAGUUUAACUGGUCCUUCUAUGACCCUAAGGGAGAAAAUGCGGUUGCUAAACAGUGAAAAGAAUAAUAAAUAUACCCGGGAAUCGUGCAGCGAAUUUGUGGAUUCCUAUGUUACGAGUACAGAGCGCGGCCGUGAUAACGGAAUAGGCAAAAGUGCCUCUACAUGUGGAUCCAGGUCGCAGUCGAUUGGCCAGCCAGGUGUGUCUGAGAUGAGCAAUUCAAGCACACUUGGAGAUGAUACCUCAUAUUUACAAGAUAUUGAGAGUAUUUCCUCUAUGAUUUCUGGUAGGAGCCAAGAAGAAUGGAGUUCUUCUCAAUAG